AUGGUAUCACAACCCUCCGACUCGACAGCAGCUCCUCAGCUGCACGUCGAGAAGAAGCCACGGUUGGUUAUGUUCGAGUUCCAUCAGAAUGACCCUAAGAAGGACACAGGCAUGCGGCUGGUUAAAAGAGGUGCUGCCAAGGCGUUGAAACCCCAUGUUCCGUUUCAAGGCGUCCUCUUAUCUGCUGAGGGGAAGUCCUAUCUGUCGGGUGGUGAUCGAGAGAUCGUUGCGAAGAGCGGAAUUGGCGCUAUAAACUGUUCCUGGAAUCGCCUCGAUGAAAUUCCGAAUAAGAAUAUGGAUACACGUAUUGAUAUCAUAAUCUACCCUUUGGUUGCUCAGAAUAUUACUAAUAGAGUAUUUUGA